AUGUUGUCGAGGUUGUUCAAGGCAGGUGAAAAGGUUUUGUGGAAUCUGGUGAACAAGGACCUUCACAUGGCGUCGAAGAACUCUCCGAAAGUGCAAGAGCUCUACGACCUCUGCAAGGAGACUUUCACUGGGAUAGCUCCUUCUCCCGCUUCCAUGGCUGUCCAAAAACUCUGCUCUCUUUUGGAUACAGUUAGUCCUGCAGAUGUUGGGCUUGAAGAGGAAGCUCAAGACGAUGACCGAGGUUAUGGAGUUUCUGGGGUCACGCGUUUCAACAGAGUAGGAAGAUGGGCACAGCCGAUUACAUUCUUAGACAUUCACGAAUGUGACACUUUCACUAUGUGUAUUUUCUGCUUCCCAACAUCUUCAGUGAUUCCAUUGCAUGACCAUCCAGACAUGGCUGUGUUUAGCAAAAUCCUCUAUGGAUCACUUCACGUUAAAGCUUAUGAUUGGGUCGAACCUCCAUGUAUUAUCACACAAGACAAACUUCAAGCAAGAUUGGCGAAACUGGCUAGCGAUAAAGUGAUAACGCCACAGUCUGAAAUACCGGUGUUGUACCCUAAGACUGGAGGCAAUCUCCAUUGUUUCACCGCACUGACUCCGUGUGCAGUGCUCGACAUUCUCACACCUUCUUACGAUGAAAGUGCUGGCCGGAGUUGCAGUUACUACAUGGACUAUCCGUUUUCUACUUUCGCAUUGGAAGAAGUAAGUAAGGUGGUGGAAGGGAAAGAAGACGAAUACGCUUGGCUUGUGCAGAUCAACACACCCGAUGAGCUUCACAUGCGUCCCGGAUCUUAUUCCGGUCCGACUAUUCAGGUCUAG